CUCCUUGUUUUCUCUACAUUUUUUUUACCUUUGUGUAUAGUAAUAAUAAAAUUCCUAAAUAAGAGGAUCUGUGAAGUUUUCAACCAAACAAAAAUUUCCUUAAAAAAGACAAACUAAAUUGUCAGGGGAUCAAAAAAUAUGUUUAUUGGUGACCAUCACUUGAUGGAAAAUUGACCUUGUUUUUCUCUCUACUCCUUUGGUUUUCUCAAUUUUCUGAAUGCUUUCUAUCAUGAACCUUUACCAAAUCACACCAAUAGCUUCCUUUCCAAAGCCAAUUCUAAGUGUUCAUACAAUUUUUUCCACCACAUUCUCUUUGAAUAUUUAUUCCUAGUGAUUUGUAACAAACAUAUCACCUAUAAUCAUGUCACAUAACAUCACUUUUUUUAACUUGUUUGAAUAUAGUAAUGAACAAAAUGUGCACAAUUUGACUUAUGAAUUGUGAUAUACACAUUAUUAUUAUUCAACCACAAGCUUGAAAGCAUAUAUGGUUUAUUCUCUGUGCUAACAUUGAGAGAGAGAGAGAAAGAGAGAGAGAGAGACAAAGAUGGGUUUGAAUGCAAAAGACAUUCAAGUUCAUUUGUUAAAAAUGUUUCGUGCUUCAGCUAAGUCUAGUUACAUGUUUCUACAAAAUCAUCCAUUAUUUUCAAGUGUUUUAUUGGUGUUCUUAAUCCUAUAUAUAUUCCUUUCAUACAUUUACACCUUCUUGGUUUACAUGUCACCUUUUCUUCUAUGUGGUGCUAUUUUCUUGAGAAUCUUUUGGAGUUCUGAGCAAACUCAACUAAAAUAUGUGAAAAUACAAGAGAAAAAAGAAGAGCAAAACAAAGUUGAACCAAAAUGUGAACCAAAGUUACCACCAAGCAAUAUGAGACAUGAAAUUCUAUAUAAGUAUCCAUCACAAAAUGCAACAAGUAGAAGGAAAAACUUUAGAGACAAGAAAUGGGAUGUGUAUGGUGGUUUAGAAGAAAAAGCCAAAGAUUUAUCAGAAGUGUUUCAAAAUGAGUACACAAAGAGAAACAUUGAACCUUUUAAGAAAGGUGAGAGUUCAUUGUAUUAUGGCUUGCCAGGUAGAAAAACACAAGCACAUAAAAGACAAAGUUUAAGGACUGAACCUUCAAUUGUUGAUCUUGUGGAAUGUAAUGAUACUGAGAUGGAGAUAGAGAAGAUGGAGGAUGAUGAAGAUGAGGAAGAUGGAAAAGAGGAUGGUAACAAUGCUAUUUUAUGGACAGAAAAUGAUCAGAAAAAUCUUAUGGAUCUUGGAAAUUCAGAGAUGGAGAGAAAUAGAAGGUUGGAGAGUCUUAUAGCUAGAAGAAGAGCAAGGAAAUUGUUGAAGUUGCAAGUUGAGAAUGGUUUAAUUGAUAAAAAAUCAACGACACCAAGUUUAAUGGCACCAUUGGUUAUUACAAGAGGGAAUUGUGAUAAUGAUGAUUUAGAAAUGCCAGGUUCUGCUCCUUCUGUUAUGCCAAGGAGUCCUUAUGAUAUUCCUUAUGAGCCUUUUGAGGAGAAACCAAAUCUUACAAAUGAUGGUUUUCUUCAAGAGUUUACAAGUGGUCAUCACAAGAAUUUGUCAUCUCAAAUCAAACAAGAACAUCAUAAGGAUUCAUUUCAUGGUAGGAAGUUUUCAGAUAGACAUGCUUACUCAAGAUUUAGAAGGCUUCCAGAAAAGGGAAAUCAUGAUUGGCUAAUUGACCAGUUAAUCUACCGUGAGAAUGGAAUUAAAGAACCAAAAGGAGAUGAAGAAGAUGAAAAGUGUAAAACUGAUAUAGAUGACAUGAAAAAUGAAAAAUUGAAGACAAGUCAUCAUGAUACAAAAUCAUUGUCAGAAAGUGAGUCAAGUUCAAUAGUUUCAAACAUCUCAAAUGUUAAAACUAAUAAAAGUGUUUCACAAAAGCCAAGGCCAGGGCCAAGGUUUUCUAAGCCUCAUGAGAGGCUCCUUAAUAUACCAAUUCCUUCUACCAACAUAACAACAAAUACUAUAAAUGAAUCUAUGUAUGACAAUGUUCCAUCUCCAAUUGAUAAGAGACAGGAAACUAUGUUCUUAACCGACCGACGCUUUUGUCACACACCAACUUACUCCAUAGCUUCUGAUUUACAAGUGGAAGUUUCUGAAAUUGGUUCACUUACAUCAACAGUUGAUGAAAAUGGUGAGAGUAAUAAUUCACCAAGUGAUAGAGAUUCUGUGUUGUAUGAUGGUGACAUUGAUAGAGAUGUUAGUUCUGGAAGUGAAGAUUUGUGGGGUGCUUCAUUUCAUGGAAGAGUUAUAACUGAGGAAGAUAAUAAUAUUAAUAAUGAAGAAGAAGUGAAUAAUACUUCAAAGGAUAUUGUUUCACCCAUUUCUUUAAGACAAAUAGAUGAAGAAGAUGUAGCUGAUGUUAGUUCAUAUUCUUCAAGAGAUGAAGGUCCUGAAGAUACUCCAACUUGUUGUGUUGUAACUACUGAUCAUAACAUCUUUGGUACAUAUAUGAAAUAUUCUUUGGGGAAAUUUGAAAUGCCUCAAUCUUCAAAUUCUUCUUACAUGACAACUCCUCAGAAUCAAUUAUCUAAUGAAACACACCAAGCAAAUCAACACACCAAGCAAAUCAACAGGAGUGGUGCCACUUGUCAGAGAAUUUAACUAAUGAGUCACAAAUUAUCAAUGAUAAUGUGAAUAACUCAACAAUCACAGAACAAGGUAACAUAGAGAAUUCAACAAGUAGUGAAGAUCCUGAUCCUAACAAUUCAAUUGUGAGGCAAGAAUCCAUUGAUGAAGGCUCUAAUGAGUCAAUUUCAUCAUCACCAAGGUCUGUAUUACCAGAUAAGACCCUAGCAGAAGAACUUUCAUCA